AUGAGGGUCCUAGGCAGCGCUCGAAAACUGCAAGGGGCGGUUGCCUUCGGACUGUUCGUCGCGGGAGUGGCAGUUUUUGGAGACUUGGACCAAAGAGUCCACGGUCUUCCUGUAGUGGGCCAGCCCGUACCUCCGUACGGACAGGUUGCCGCGGGACUAUCCCGUUCGCUUACAAAUGGUAUUGUGCAACAGGAUGGGGCACUAGAGGUGGAAAGGACCGACGGAACCCCCUCACCGGCAAGAGCGGAAGCAGCACCGCUGCGUCUAGAGGCUGCAAGAACAGGCAGGAUGGAAGCGGAGUUGAGCACAGCAACGGAUAUGGCUUCGGACAAGUUGGUCAGAAGACCACUUAGAGCAACAACACAUAAGCCGGAAGCAACUGUGAUUGCGGGGGACCCCGAUUCCGCGGUGUCCGAACACCUUUCGGAGACUGCGCUCUCAAAGCAUCAUGGAUUUCGCCAGGGGGAGCGCAGUGAAGAGACCUUGCAGCAUCGUGCUGGAUUGCCCGUACGCGAGCGGGCAGAAAAGCAUGACGACGGCAGUCCGGAACCCCCGUGUAAUUCUGGACGGGUCCCCUCAAAGCGUACGUUCCCUCCAUCUUCGGCAGCACCUUCUCCACCCGCGGAUGCGGAUACGCCAGGCGGGUCGCAGAAGUCGGCGUACAUCUUACGGCUUCAAGGGACAGGUGCUGUCGAAGUCAGCUUUGAAGUCGGGAGAGCAGUUAAGCAGCUGGAGGGUGCCAGGAAGGCAUAUCGGGAUGCCUCUGCGAAGCUAGAAGCUGAAGAGGUGGCAUCUGGAGCGAAAGACUUGCCCGGGGCGGGACUUGGCGACUACCUCAAAGAUACGCAAAAACGCGCGGCAGCAGCGUUUCAGCAGUCAAAAAUCAAGCAAAAGUUGGAAGAAAUUGAAGAGCUGCUUCAGCUCGCACGGGCUUUAAAAGACUUGAAUAUCCAACUGAGGGCGUGCCAAGGCCUGCCCGGGGCUGACCCAUUGGCGUGCGAGAAAGCGCAUAUCUUCGGUGAGAUAGUGGCGCAGAAGGCGAAGUACAUCCAGGAGCAAGCUCCGGUUCUUUCGUCGUUUUUAGGUCGCGAGCCCGUUGACCGGCACUUGCGGCGCGCCGGCGGGGAUACUCCAGGCGACGCAGUGGAGGCAGAGGCUACGGAGCUACAACAGGCCUUGAGGAAUGCAGUCGUGGAAGCGAGAAAGUUUGUUCGCGACAUAGCAGGUGACGUUGGAGGAGACGUCAGGGAGGAAGUUCAGCAACUGCUGGGGGAGGCGAAGGAGGUGCUGAUUAGGGGCCAACAAGUGGUAUUAGAGGCGUAUAAGGCCCUCCAGCGAUCACUGUUGGAAGACAGGACAAAGGAACUUAUCGCUGCCGCGUCAAAGAAGAUCGAGGACGCUCGUAGAAUUCUAGCAGAAUAA